CUGUUCUUCCACCGUACCAGCUGGCCAGAUCCUAGAGAUAUUUUCAUAGUGAGCUUCCUCCAUUUUAACAGGAUGACCCUUCUCAACUACCCUGUUCCAGAGUUGGAUGUUACCUUGCAAGAGGUGGGCCGUGUUCUACAGCUCACUUUGAGUCCUGAUCUUUAUCCAGAGUUUAAAAGUAUGCUGGAACAGCAAAGAGAGCACCUUGAAGAGGCCCAGCAGAAAUUAGCAAGCAGUGUUGCAGGCCAAGAGAAUUGGGUCACAAUGCAGUUCAAGAGAAGUCUGUUAUCUUGUGCGGACCCCCUGCCUACAUCAACUGCCCUCCCUGUUGUUCUUCUUCCAUCUAAAGCAAAGAGAUGUACCCAGCUGGGAAGGGCAGCGGCUCUGCUCUGGGCUGCAGCAAAGCUGUACAGUGAGCCCUUCUUGCUGGAGGGCAGUGUUCUCAUAGAGCACACACAGCAGUCUGAAGUGUUUGCUGCCAGCCGUAUUCCUGGCAGGAGUCAAGAUGAAAUUAAGGUCUACCCAGACAGCCUUCAUGCCAUUAUUACCUGUGCUGGAGGAGUGUUUCCUGUUAAUAUACUGUGGCGUCCCAACACUGGAGGGCCAGUUUCCGCACGAUCAUUUAUUGACAUCUACAGCCAGCUGGCUCAGGUAAUGGCUCAGCCCAGUGCAGGAAAACAGAAUAAUCCCUGUGCCAUUUGUAGCUUCUCAGCUCUGGAGCGCAAAGCCUGGGCUGCCAUCAGGGAUGAAAUCCUCGGGCAAGGGGGAGCAGCAGUGACAUCACUGGGGCUAAUGGAGAGUGCUGUGCUUACACUCUGUCUGGAAGACUGCAACGCACCCUCUGAACUGGCUGAUACCCUCAAUGCAGUGAGGCUGGGAGCAGGAGGAGACAGUCCAUUUCUGAGAUACUAUGACAAGGUAAUGAACCUGGUGGUGUACAAAGACAGCACAGCUGGGAUGGUGUUUGAGCACAGUGCUGUGGAUGGGAUGGUGGCUGGGCUUGUGACUGAACGUGUGUACCAGCUCUCUGAGACUGUUGACUUAAAACAAGCCUAUACUGACACGAAACAUAUGACUGGAUCUGUCACAGUAAACAAUCCUAAUUCUGUUUUCCCUGGUUCCCUAACCUUUCCCUUGAAAGGAGUAAAUACCCUCCAACAGAGCCCUGACUUAAGGGUAAAACAUCCAAUUCUCACCUUUGAUAUGUCUUCCUAUCCUGAUGUCUUUUCUACUCUCAGAGGGCAGAGGGGCCUGUUUGAUGCUUGGAUUAACUUCUCUUUGCAGCUUUCUUUGUGGCAGACUCUUGGGGAAUCUGCUGCCAGUCACUUGAUAGUCACACCUACCCAUAUGCGACACUACAAACAUGGUCGCUGUGAUCCUACAUACUCACUCACCAUGCAUUCUCGUAACUUAGUAGAUGCCUUGGCAUCCCGUGUUAGUUCAGAUAACACAAUUGAAAACACUACUGACCUACUACAACUGUUCCAUGUUGCGUUUUUGGAGCAUAAGAGGCUCAUUAGAAACACCAAAAGUGGUCAAGGUGUUGGCCCACACCUUGCUGCCCUGCGACAGUCUUUGCCAUCCAACAGUUCACUAAGGAAGUUUCUGGACCCCUUUGGAUGUCCUUCUGUGUACCUCACUGGUACAGAUCUGAUGGAGGGUGUGGAGUGUGGAGUAGGGAAUGUUUAUGCCCAAGACCAGCUAGCUGUGACCUACCUUGGGAAGAAAGACAAGGUUCGCAUUGUGCUUAAUGGGAAAGGAAGCUUUGCUUUAGCACUGGACAAGCUUCAGGAAAACUUCAAGAUCACCCUGAAAUUCGUGAUGCAGCUAGCUGUUAGAUAUGCCAUUGCAAACCAAAUGGGAGCCCUGGAAUGUCUGCUCCAACAGGGUCAAACUGAGAAAGUAAAUGGAGUGAAGGUUAACUGCCCAGACAUGCCAAAUAAUUGCAAAAGUACUGUUGGUACUACCUGUGGCAUGAGCCCAGACUACACACUAGUAAUUCAUGGUGGUGCUGGAGAGAAGAUAAUGCUGAACACUCAAGUGACAGGGAUUAUUGAGUUUGCUCUACAAACAGCCUUGACACUCGGGUCCCAAGAACUUCAACAAGGUGGCAAAAGUCUGGAUGCAGUUCAGAGAUCAGUGGAAGCUCUGGAGGACUGCUUCCUUUUCAAUGCAGGUAAAGGUUCAGUAUUUAACAAAGACGGCAAAAAUGAAAUGGAAGCCACCAUUGUAGAUGGUAGUUCAAAGAGGUCAGGAUCUGUUGCUUGUGUGAAAAGUGUAAAAAACCCAAUAAAAGCAGCCAGGUGUGUCAUGGAGGAAAGCUCGCAUUCACUUAUUGUGGGAGAUGGGGCUGAAGAGUUUCUGCAAGGAUUAGAAGAGAAGGAGAAGCUUGUUGACCCUGAGUAUUUCUACACUGAUAUACGACACAGAGAGUUAAUUGCAAACCUCAGUGGUAGGAAUAAGUCAAAAAAUAAUCACCCGCAGACUGUUGGAGCUGUGGCCUUGGAUCGUUGGCAUGGGUUGGCUGCUGCAUCCUCCACAGGCGGGUUGGUAGGAAAACUGAAAGGAAGAGUUGGGGAUACAGCAAUAGUAGGGGCAGGAAUUUAUGCUGAUGACAAGAUAGCUAUUACUUGCUCUGGAGAUGGAGAUGUUUUUCUGAGAAACACAGUUGCACAAAAAAUUGCCAGUCUAUACCAUAACAAAGGCUAUGGACUUCGGCAGGCAUGUAGAGAGGUAAUGGCUGAACAUUUGAAUGGGAUCUGUGCAGGAAUUAUCUCUGUGAACACUGACGGUAAUGCCAUCAUUGAAGCAAAUGCUGGCGUGUUUUUUGUGGCAUCAAUGGUUAGUGGUAUUUCCCGUGUAGAGGUCCUCAGACCCCUUAAGAGCUUCUCUAAUAUAAUCUGGGAAACAGAUGAGCUGGUUGCCUACCUGAAUCCCAACCCCUGGAUUCCUGGGUCCACCAUUUUGACUAGAAAAACUCAUAACAAGGCAAGCAGCAUCUUCCAUUUUGACAUGUCAGAUUUCAUUGCUAUGUUACAAGGAGCAAGAGCUGUGUCAAAUUUGCUUUGUGAGCAACUAGGAGUGCAGCGUUGUGCCUUGGUUUUUAAUCCAACCCCUGAUCAGCCAACACAAAUCAUUCUCCUCCCACUUCAUGGCUUAAAGCCGAAGUGGCAGCCCCAUCUUGCUGGUGAAGAGGAAUUUCAUGCUUACAAUCCUGGUUAUUGCACUUCAAAAAGUGGUCCACGCUGGAAUGAUGAAGCACUGGCUCAAAUUCAAGCCAAGAUUAGAGAAGCACUGCCAACACUUAAUGCACCUUUUUGUUUUGACUUUUUUGGGAAACCUUCUGAUGAUGACUUGUUCAGCCGUAUUGUACGUGGAGAGCAGCAACAGUGGAGAGUGUGGGAAGACAGUGAGCAUGUGGCAUUCCUAACACCGUACCCAAAUAGUCCUGGACUAACUGUUGUGGUGCCACGCAAACCACUGCUCAGUGACAUCUUUAAACUGGAUGAACCUGACUACAUCGCACUAAUCUUAGCCACUUACAAAGUUGCCCGAUUACUGGAAGAGGGGAUGAAAACUCCAAGUGUUGCACUAAUCUUUGAAGGCUUUGAGAUUGAUUAUGCUCAUGCCAAGCUGAUCCCUUUGUUACCUUCACCAGAUGGCACUAAACCUGAUGAGGUGCAAUCAGAAUGCUUCCAAAGCUAUCCUGGAUAUGUGUCAUCACUAGAUGGCCCAGCUGCUGACUUCGAAGCCCUCAAAAACAUCCACUUAAAAAUUACCCAGUGCAAGCCUCCUCAUUCAUGGUUAGACCCUCAGUCUCACUCCAGUCUUGCCAUCAAGAGCCAGUGGUAUCGCAACCUGUUCCAAAUUCAAAACACACUUUUCCACUGCACAGUGGAAUAUUUCCACAAUUCCUGCAAGUACUCCUAUGCUUUAACUCCUCUCACCACGGACACCAUCUCCUCACCGAUGGGCCUGGGAUCUGACUCAGAGCCAGUUUCUGUGAACCUGCUGGGCCAGGAUGUCUACCUGGCUGAUUCAAUGCAAUUUGUGCUUGAAUACUUUCUUCGUUUUCAGGAUAACCUACCUGGAACCUAUUACAUAUCUCCCAGCUUUAGAGGAGAAGAUCCUGAUGCCACACACUUGAACCAGUUCUACCAUGUGGAGUGUGAAUUACUGGGUGACAUGGAAAAUGCCAUUUCCAUAGCAGAGGGAUACCUGGCUUAUCUCACCAAGUCCAUGCUGAAGAAACACUCAGAUAUUAUUCUGAACACUGCUGGAACCCUUACACAUGCCAAAGCUAUGCUCAGUAAGCUGGAUGGAAAAAUAGCACUACCAAGAGUCCCUCUGGACCAGGCCAUUCCAAUGAUGCCGUCUGUUGACUGCUUAGAGUGGGUACAAGAUGACCAGCCCCAUUUGGGCAGAAAACUAACUCGCAAAGGAGAGCGGAUUUUGAUAGAGAAAUAUGGUGGUGCUGUUUGGCUUACUGAGAUGGACCAUCUAGGAGUUCCCUUCUACCAGGCAUAUGUCAAGGGCACUGGACAGUGCAAAGCCAAAGCUGCUGACCUUUUGCUGGGGCUGGGUGAGACUGUGGGUCUUGGUGAACGCCAUUCAACCUCUGAAAUGGUACAAGAUGCCCUCAGGCAUCACGCAGUGCCAGAGCAGUCCUACAAAUGGUACAUUAAAAUGCGGCAAGUGAAACCACUCCUCACUAGUGGAUGGGGCAUGGGUACAGAGCGGUAUUUGUGUUGGUUACUUCAGCAUGAUGACAUCAGAGACAUGCAUAUCAUACCAAGGAUGAAAGGAAUAAAAUACAUGCCUUGAUCAUAGGUCCUCCAAAUAUUUUCAGGCCGCUGGAGGUGACAUAUUGGUACUCAUGAAACCUUAAAUCCUAAAAUGCCUCAGUAAUACCUAAAGUGGAACAUGGAUUGAGAUUUGAGUUCCUUUGAUGAUUUUAUUCUGUCAAUGGCCUGAAUAAUCCCUUUGCAUCCUUCAUUUCCACCCAUCUUCAAAUAUUUUUAGAAUUGCAACACAAAAGGUAAAAUCAAUGAAAAUCAAAAUGUUUAAUGUAAAUAAAACUUUAUUCUUGAAAUGUAUUCAUGUUGCUCAAAAAAUCUGUUUAGCUCUUAGUGUGGAAGUCAUACUAUCAAUGCAACUGCAAAAUAAAAAUACAUAGCAAGUGUUGUGUAGAAUCCAAACUAUGUUAUAAGACUGUACAACAAGACAACUAUUUACGAGGCAUAAAUUGUAGUAGAUAAAUUGUAAUGAAGUAAUAACUUGUUCAGUCUAAAGGCUUAAAGAAAAAUAUUAAAUUAAUCAUUAUUACUCCAUAAAUGUUGUUUUUAGUUAUGCAAGCAAUUUCUUUAUACUACUCUUCAAUAUUGUAUUUUUUUCCCAUUUGUCUCUAAAAGAUUUUUGUUAAAAUCAUGAAGAUCGUGUACCAUUUCAAGUUUGACUAAUAACACAUUUUUAAAACAAAUAUCAGAUACCAAACAAAUAUUAGUCACAAUUCUUCACAAUUCAGGGCAAUGAGGACACCUGGGAUCUUUCUGUGUGGAGUUUGCAUGUUCUCCGCUUGCAGCGUGGGUU